AUGUCAACUUCCUAUAUUAAUUGCAAUGGACAAUUAAAGAAUAGAAAAACUCUUUUAGACUAUAAUAUUUCACGGAAUAAUAUAUUAAAUUUAGAAUUUUGUACUUUUGGUGGUCAAAUAUUUGUUAAAACGCUCACUGGUAAAACUAUAACACUUGAGUGUAAAGGAAAUAAUACUAUUGAUAUUAUUAAACAGAAAAUUCAAAAUAAAGAAAAUAUCUUGAAAGAUCAUCAAAGUUUAAUUUUCAACGGUAUAUGCUUGGAGGAUGAUAAAACAAUUUCUGAUUACUAUAUUAAAAAAGAAAAUACGUUGCACUUGGUUUUACGUCUACGUGGUGGUGAGUGUGUAGUUAGUUGCAUGGCUGUAGGUACUUUGAAUUCACCACAUUUAUGCGAAUUUAUAAAUAAUAGAGAUAAUGGAAAUACUAUUACACGGCAAUCUAUAAAGUCAUGUGGAUGGAAACGUAUAAUUAUUCACUUAACAUUAAAUUGUGACAAAUGUGACGUUGAUGCGGGCAAUUCAUUGUAUAAAAGACCAUAUGGAUGGUAUCGAAUCGCUUUGAGGGUUACCAGGAAAUAUGAUGAUGGUGAUGAUAAAUGGCUUGGUACUGGUAAUGAUUCAUGGCCAGUGUCGUAUCAUGGUACCGCUAAACAUAAUGCAAGACCAAUUGCUGAAGAUGCAGAACAAUAUGCAGAACGAUUUGAGUUUGAAGGUAAUAUGUAUGUUAUGGUACUUCAGAAUCGUGUAAAUCCUUUUGGUUUGCAGAAGGUUCCUGUUAGUGAUGACGAAUAUUGGCUUUCUGAAAAAGAUGAUGAUGUCAGACCUUAUGGAAUUUGUAUUAAAAAAAAUAAUUAA